AUGACGGCGGCUGAGAUGGAGACGAAAAGCAAGAAGAAAAAAUUAAAAGCUGUAAAUGAUUCUAUUAUUGAUGGAAAAGAUCUUAUUGUGCCAGAGAAUCAUACCCCUGCAUUAGACACGAGUAAAUGGCCAUUAUUGCUCAAGAAUUAUCAUCAGCUGAAUGUACGCACGGGGCACUAUACGCCCAUUGCAUGCAGUUCCAGUCCAUUGAAGCGCAAUAUUAGUGACUAUGUACGCUAUGGUGUCAUUAAUUUGGAUAAACCAGCCAAUCCAUCGUCUCAUGAAGUAGUCGCAUGGAUUCGUCGUAUUUUGCGUGUCGACAAGACGGGACACUCGGGUACAUUGGAUCCAAAGGUUACAGGCUGUUUGAUUGUAUGUGUCGAUCGUGCAACACGUCUAGUCAAAGCGCAACAGGGUGCUGGUAAAGAAUACGUUGCCGUUGUUCGUCUUCAUAGUGCUAUCGAGAGUCAAGCAAAACUUGCUCGUGGAAUUGAGACGUUGACUGGAGCUUUGUUUCAACGUCCUCCACUCAUUUCGGCUGUUAAGCGUCAAUUACGUAUUCGUACAAUUUAUGCUUCAAAGCUUAUUGAAUAUGAUGAAGAAAGACAUUUGGGUGUCUUUCAUGUGAGCUGUGAAGCAGGCACGUACAUUCGUACCUUGUGUGUACAUUUGGGACUAGUACUGGGAGUGGGUGGUCACAUGCAGGAACUACGUCGUGUACGCUCUGGUGUAUUGGGAGAAAACGAUGCAAUGGUGACAAUGCAUGACGUGUUGGAUGCACAGUUUCAGUACGACACAUACAAAGACGAAUCGUAUUUGCGUCGUAUUGUCCGACCACUUGAAGUUCUGCUGACAACGUACAAACGUAUUGUUGUUAAGGAUAGUUCGGUGAAUGCUAUUUGCUAUGGAGCUAAGUUUAUGAUUCCAGGAUUGCUGCGUUUCGCAGACGAUAUUGAUGUAGGUGAAGAAGUUGUGUUGAUGACGACCAAGGGAGAAGCUAUUGCUGUAGCUAUUGCUCAAAUGACGACGGCUGUGAUGGCAACUUGUGAUCAUGGAGUAGUUGCGAAGAUCAAACGUGUUAUUAUGGAACGUGACACGUAUCCGCGUCGUUGGGGAUUGGGACCGAUGGCUCAGAAGGUUAAAGGUCUGGUUAAGGAAGGCAAGAUUGGCAAGUAUGGUAAAGUCAACGAGAACACGCCGGCUGAUGUGUCGGAACUGUACAUCAAGGACGACGACAAGAAACUGUUGAUAGAGGAAGUGACAAAGGAGGAGGAGAAGGAUUCGGAGACGGAUGAGCCGCCUAAGAAAAAGGAGAAGAAGUUGAAGAAGGAGAAAAAAGAGAAGAAGCACAAGCACAAGCGUGACGCUGGAGAAGCAGAGGUUACUGAAGCUGGUGCCUCGCCUGAGAAGAAGAAGUCGAAGAAAAAGUCCAAGAAGAAAUCCAAGGAGACAAGCGACUCGGAAUAG